ACUAUAAGACGCACGUCGAGGCAGACAGAUAUCUCAGAAGAAGCAGAGCUUGACAGAGCUGAGCAGAGCGAGAGAGAGACAGACACAUAGACAGCAAUGGGGUUCGGCGUGGUGUCCCUGCUCAACGCGGUGUUCCGCCGGGCCUUCACCUCGGCCGGCCUCCGUCCCAGCUCCGUCGCCGUCGAUGCCGACACCACGCUCCACUUCUGGGCGCACCCCUCCCUCCUCUCCUCCCCCGACGCCGAGUCCAAGCAGCGGGGGCGGCGGCCGGUGGUGGUGCUGAUCCACGGCUUCGGCCCGGACCCGACGUGGCAGUGGGCGUCGCAGGUGGGCCCGCUGUCCAAGCACUUCGACCUCAUCGUGCCCACGCUGCUCUUCUUCGGCGCCUCCACCACGCGGGCCCCGGGCCGCUCCGACGCGUUCCAGGCCGCCGCCAUCGCCAAGCUCCUCGCCAGCGACCACCUCGCCGCCGGGGAUGGGCGGGUGGUGCACGUGGUGGGCACCAGCUACGGCGGGCUGGUGGCGUACCACCUGGCGCGGGCGCUGCAGCAGGGAGGCGGAGCGUGGACGGUGGGGAAGGUGGCGGUCUGCAGCUCGGACCUGGCCAAGGGCCCCGAGGACGACCGGGCGCUGGCGGCCAAGGGCGGCGUGGCGGACGUGACGGAGCUGAUGGUGCCGGCGGACACCAAGGCGCUGCGGCGGCUGAUGGACAUCUGCGCGCACGGCCCGCCCAAGUACCUCCCCGAGUGCCUCGCCCGCGACCUCCUCCGGUGCUUCGCUGUCCAGAGAGAGGGGAAGAUCGAGCUGAUCAAGGGGAUCGCCUCCGGGCACGGCUUCCAGAUCACUCCUCUCCCUCAGGAAGUGUUGAUCGUGUGGGGCGAGUUCGACCAGAUCUUCCCGGUGGUCAAGGCGCACAAGGUGAAGGAGAAGCUCGGGGAGAAGGCGACGGUGAGGAUCAUCCCCAACACGGGCCACCUGCCGCAGCAGGAGGACUCCAAGCUCUUCAACCAGAUCCUCCUCGACUUCCUGCUGCCUCCGCCUUCCUCCUCCAAUGGCGCCGCCGCCGCCGCCAAGUAGCUAGCCACAGAGACCGCCACUCACUUGAUGCCGUGCAGGUUAAUUUUGAUAUAUAGAGUGGGGUGCAAUGUAGUACUAGUAAUUAAGUGGCAUCAGUGGACUCGUAAUUGGGCGUAUAAGGAAGGUGGUGAUGUGUUGUUUCAUGCGCGCAUCGCCUUCUUCCGAUUCAUAUACGAUGAUCGAUCGGUACGAGACUCUUUCGAUCGUCUUUGUUUUACUUUGAAACGAGAGGACAGUUUUCAGUGUCAUACAUACAUAUAUCCGCCGGCAUUUGGUCUUCUCUCAUGUACGGACGUUUCAUGUCGA